CCCACAUGUGAGGAGGAAGUGAAGGCGGCAGGUGUGGCUAAAAGGAAAAGAAUGGCAGCAGUGCAGCCUGAGCUUCAGGAGAAGUUAGAGCAAAUUCACAUUGCUCAUGCUGAGGCCUCAAAAGAACUCCAGUCUCACAUAUUACAGUUCUCCACUAUGAUCAAGAUAUGGGGAGAUGAAUUUCAAAAGGAACUUGAUCAGCGCUACGGUAUUGAAAAAAUGAAGGUGAUAGAAGACUUGCAAAACCCUCACAAGUUACAAGGACCACUGAUAAAAGGAGUCCUAAACACAACGGUGGCUUCAUUAGCAUCAGGUGUAGGAGGAAAAACCAUUACAGAAAUGAAGAUUCUGUAUAUAAAGGGAUUUCAGUUAGCGAGGAUUAUUGCUGAAAUAUAUGAGGAGAGAGUGAGGUACCAGCCACGUAUAAGGUUUAGAGCAAAUCAUCUUCAGCGUUUCCACCUUGGUACCAUCUGUUCUGAUGUCGAUCAACAGGAGCUUAAAAUAUACCAAGAGAAUUUAAGCUGCAGAAACACAGAUGGGCAGGAAGAAACAACCCAGUGGUUACGAAAGCAGUCAGACACUGAUUUAUCACUACAGACAGACCAGAGUGAAGAGUCUAAGGCCUCAUCUUCAUCACACCAUACUGGCCAAUGUAAUGAACCUAGAUCCUCAUCCCCAUCACUGUACACAAUCCAUUGCAAAGAGUCUAAGAAUUUAUCACCAAAAACCUCUCUGAAACCUGGUCAAAAAUUUAAGGAUGGUGUAAAGAAGACAAUAAGACUUGAACAUCAUGGUCCUCUAAGAAGGCCAUUAGUUGCACAGCUUAUUGAAGCUGAAAAACAGGCAUAUCCAGAGGUAGAAAAUGCUCAACCAGAAAACGCAGCCAAUGAAAUGGAAGAGUGGAACGUUGAUGAUUCAGAAAUGAAGAUUUGCCUAGAUGAAAAUGAAAAUGUAACAUCGCAAAAUGUUAAAAUAGCUGAUGUAAAUUAUCAACCUGUUUCCUGUUCCAGGAUGACUUGCUACCCUGGCACCACGAUAAGCCAUUUUUAUAAACCUGGUUUGUAUUCCAUAUUUUCUUUCCAUAAAAUAUUCAAUGUCCAGUGCUGUAUUAUAAUCUGGAUUGCUUCCUUAACAAAAAAGUGCUGUUGUGUAAGACCACAUGGGGUCACUAUCAAAUUCAGAUUCAAAAUUCAAAAAUUUAUUUCUUUGCAUAGUACACAAUGUGUAGUUUACAUGCAGUACAAUAUUGUUAAGCACAAAGAAAGCCACUAACAUGCCUGAGCAUUU